AUGUGGGACGAAUUUCUUAGUAUAUGUCAGUUAAUUUUUGAAACUAAAGUCGAAGACAAAUUUCCCUGUUUUCUCGCUGAUGACUUGUGGAAAGUUACUAAUUGUGACAAUAGAUUCGAGAAAUUGUCAGUUGAACAGGUGAGGUUGCAAAAAAGUGUUAUUCAAAAUAGUCCGGCCGUCCUGGAAUUUCUUGAAGAGCAUGGCAAUAUACUGAGUGAUGUCCAAAAAAAUGUGAACAGUAUCGUGUGCAGUGAUGUAUGCGCUGAUGGAAAUUCAGAUGCUGAGACAUCAGUCGCUAAAAAUUUGUCUGACAUUGCUGAAGAAGGUAACAAUGAUGAUGGAAAUUUUAUAACAACUUGUGCAUCCAAUGUUGUUGACCACCUUGAGUCAGUUGAUGUUAAAGUUUUGUCUUGUUACCCUGUAAUCAAGAGCAGAGAUGACAAAAUAAAACUUGAUGAAACCCACCCUUCUACGUCAUUCCGGUUGUGUGUAGAUGAGAAGUAUGCGGAAAUAGUUGAAAGAUCAAGUUCUUGGCCUGAUUAUGUUCAGAUUAGGAAUUGGGUUUUCAAUAACAACAGCAAAAAUGGCAGCACCAGAAAUGCCGAUGUCAAUGUCAAUGUGAAACGAUGUUUUAGGUGCCAGGGUGAUCCAAAGUUGCAGAAUUUCGGAUUGAAUGAGCUGCGAUUAGCGUCCAGUAGAUUUGAUGGCACCGGUUGUCUCAAAACUUUCUUAAAAAAGUUUGAGAUAUGUGCCAGGUACAAUAAUUGGAAUCUCGUAGACAUGGAAGCGUAUUUGUCAUGUUCGUUAACAGGUGAAGCUUCACAGGUUCUCUGGGAUUUAACAGGUUUAGGUUACCAAGAGCUGGUAUCUAAGCUAGAAGAUCGUUUUGGAACAAGAGGUCAUGAAGAGUCAUACAGGUACGAAUUACAGAUUCUUCGUCGAAAACCUGGUGAGUCGUUACGAGAGUUGUCGAUGGUUACUAAAAGACUCAUGUCAUUAGCCUAUCCAGGAGAGCAGUCAAGAUUAGCUACACAUCUAGCUCGGGCCUUUUUCUUGUCAGCCCUCGAUAAUGCUGAAUUAGAGUUAAAGGUUAGGGAAAAAGAACCAAAAAACAUUGACGAUGCUCUUAGAUUUGCACAGCGUCUUGAAGUUUCAAAGAUGGUGGUAGAUUCAUCUCAUAGGUUUGACCCGCAGGUUAAAGAUUUUCAAGCAGGAGCAGAAAACAUGGAGUCGAUGGUACGACAGAUUGCGUUCCUUCAAAAGUCAUUCGAAGAACUCAGAAAUAAAAGAGUGCAGCCAACGGUAUCCCGAGUUGAGCGAGAAAAAAUUUGUUUUAAUUGUAAGAAGCCAGAAGUAACAGGUAUAGUUGAUGGAUUAGUAAAAGAUAUUCCUAAAGAAGCAAGAGAAGAGUUGACUCGAAUACUUAUAAGUUUUUCAGACAGAUUCAGCUGUGCAAGUGGAGAAAUAGGUGCUGCAAAAGGAGUCUUCCAUAAGAUUGAUACUCAGGAUGCACGACCGGUAAAACAGCCGAGACGACAUCCUCCGGCGCAUCAAAAGGUGAUCGCGGAACAGAGAUUGUUUCCUACGAUAUCGUCAGAAGAGAUUAGAAGAAGAUAUUUGGUGGCGAGGGCGGCCAUUAGCGAAAUGCUGACAGAACUGGCGCCAGCAUUUUCCCUCCAUGGAUGUAUAGAUGAACCCAAAAGGCGCAGAGAAAAAGCGGACCAGGCAAGGAAACUCGCCGAUCAACUGAUGACAUUCCAAAUGCCGGAGGUUAAGCCUGAAGACAUCACAGAAGACAAUUCCAUAGAGAAGCCAACAGAAGUACCAUCACGAAGUAACGACGAGUCGACCGAGUCGCUUGUCCAAACCUGGACAGGCGAAGAUACGCCAGAAUUUUUACCAGGGCAGCCGGACAUCGUUCCAGAACUUGUGAGGCUUGUUGACGAACUCUUUGAUCAGCGACCAGAUUUGUUUGCCGUAGGUAAUCAGCCAUCGAUGGACCUGUUCGCUGGUCUGGACGAACAACCGACAGAAAAAAAAUCAGCAACCGACGGAAAAUCAAUUGAGCACGACGACCACAACAAAAAAAAAAGAAGAUAA